UGAUUGUCCCUGGCACCUGUAUGAACUAACUGCACAUAUGCUACACAUGCCACCGCUCCACAAACACAGCCUGACUGCCGCACAUAUCUAACCUGACCAUGUAUACCAGGAGAAAGGCGAGACCCAGCUCAGCCCUGGGCAGGCUAGAGACCUACAAUGUGUCCAGUAUUUUUAGUGAAAUAAGAAAAACAGCUGUAAAAUCCCAGCUCACUCAUCAACGAGCAAAAACUGCAGUGGGAGCUCCGAGAUUCCAGACGCUAUCUCCAACUUGUUACAUCGAAGAACCUGAAGAGCAGGAGCAAAGCCAACCGGAAUGGCUGCAGAAGGCUCUGAUAAAGGGCCAACAUAGAAGACAUUCACUGGGAAUGGUAAACAAUAUAACAGAUAAAGAAAGAUGCUCCGAUCCAGCCAAGAGUCUCAGAAAAGAGAAGAUCGAACACCAAAUGACAUUAGAGCAGCUACAGAAACUGAAGAAUGCUUUUGAAGAGCUUGAACAGAAAGGGCAAAAGUCAAUUGAUGUAGAGAAGUUCAAACAGAUUGUAAAGAAAUGUUUAAAAUUACAAGGAAAUAAUGAUGAACUGAUUGAAAAACUCUUUAUGAAAAUAGACUUUGCAGCCAAGGGCAAAAUCCAUUGGGAAGAAUUUUGCACCUACCUGCAGCUAGACUACUCUGAGCUGGAGGAAUUACAUCAGAGACGCAAACAGAUAAGCUUUACAUUGCCUGCUAUGGUCCAGCAGAUCAUUCAUGGCAGCCCAAUCCUCCGGGUUUUCCCAAUGCCAGAUGACACCUUGAUAGUAAUGAGGGACGAUGGGCAUAUAUACUUUUGGUCUACACAGCUCAAACUGAAACGUGACAAAACAGUCUAUGAAAAAAGUGUGAAAAAGAUGCCGAAAUGGGUGACUGAUUUUACUAUAAUGACUCAGUAUAAUAAGUUGGUUUUGGGAACUGGAGACCGAGAGAUCCAACUCUAUGAAUUAUCAAACCUGGAACCAUACUGCCAAAUCACCGGGCUGGAGACUCUACCUUUAAAACUAGACUACUGUGGGACAGACACUGAUGAAUGUAUGAUUUUCUAUGGUGAUGACCAGGGUUGUGUGAACAUUUUACAUUUAACAUCUGUAGGAGAAACACUGAGAAUAUGGAAAAAGAUGCCAAGGCUGGAUAGCUGUAUGCCUACCAUAGGCAUCGACAGUACAGUGCUGUCCACUCAUGUAUCUUUCAUCCGUUGGAAAGUACACAAUGAUUGGGUAACACAGAUGAAAUACUACGACUCCAUUAAAGCUGUCAUUUCAGCGUCCAAUGAUGAAUCUACUGCUUUAGUAAUAGGUUGCACCAUCGGGACAACAAAUAUAGACCAGCAGAUGAAAGAUAUAAGAGAACUUGCAAAGGAUACCAAGAGCCGACGUACACAGGUCACAGCUGGACCACCCCAGAAGAGGGCUGCUGGAGAUCAGACUGUGUUCCACGUGUACAAAGGAGUGAAAACAUUCGCCUUUUGCAAAAAGAAUAGUCUUGUUGUGACUGGGGGAAUGGACCGAAUAAUCCGCAUGUGGAAUCUCUAUGUGCCAGAACGAUCGACGGGAAUGCUAAGAGGCCACACUGCACCUAUCUUUUCCGUUGAUAUUUCUCCAGAGGAAAACAAGAUAUUUUCCAUUGCCAUGGACUGUACUGUCAAGAUCUGGGAUAUACAGAAUCAGACCUGUGUGUUCACUGCCAGCUCCAAAUCCAGUGGGAUUUCAGGAGAACUAACUGCUUGCGUGUAUAUACCGAGCAUCAAAGCACUUUGCGUUACAACAGAUUCAAUCAACCUCCUUCAACUAAAGCUCAAGUCAGCGACUCAGCCUCAUCUAGACAUCUCUCACAAAGAGCCCGUUCUAUGCUGUAAAUAUAACAAAGCCUUUAGACAAGUGAUAACCUGCUCAGAAGGAUCUAUGGUAAAAGUGUGGGAUUUCGAAACAGGCAAACAAGUGUUUGAGUUUAACAACGCACAUGGUGAAGCAGGCAUAACGUGCGUUGACUUUGACCCCAGCGGGAGAAGGUUAAUAACUGGAGGAAGAGAUGGUUGUUUGAAAAUCUGGAAUUACAAUAAUGGACAAUGUCUGCACACGCUAAAAAGAGGGAAUAAAUCAGAGGAGAUCUGUGACUGCAUAUAUGUGGAAAUUAACAGACACAAAUACAUUAUUUCAGUUGGAUGGGACAGAAGAAUAAACAUGUAUUUUGAUUCUGAAGAUGACUUGCGUCACUUGCAGGAACCGCAGCCUUGCUGGCAGGAUGAUUUAAUCCGAGGUCACGCUGAAGAUAUUCUGUGCAUUGCUCAAAAUCCACCUAAUCUCCUCGCCAGCUCCAGUUACGAUGGUGAAAUAAUUAUAUGGAACAUGGUUUCAGGUCACAUACACUGCCGUAUUAAUACCCCUGCUCAUGUUAAAUCCUCUGGAGGAGCUACAGACAAAAGUGUUAGCCAGAUUGUGUUUCUCAGAAGCCGAUCUAAACUUCAAGCUGCAGCUUCACUUGUUUCCAAUGGAGCUCAAGGUACUGUCAAUUUUUGGAACUUGUUACACGGGGGAAAGCUCUUGGCCAGCUUUAAACCAUCACAAGUGGAAUCACAAGUCUGCUGCAUCGCUGUUAAUGAAGACAACACGCUCCUGUUUGCCGCAGACUACGCUGGCUUUGUGUACGUCUAUGACAUCAACGAUUAUGCAAUACAUGGAAGUGAGAAAGAACCGGCAAAAUCUGUGAAUUGUUGGCGCGCUCACGUGGACAUGAUUACACAUCUGGAGGUAAUAGAUGUAGAUAAGGUCAUCUUGUCGUCAUCCCUGGACUGCUCGGUGCGGCUCUGGAGUUUGGAAGGACAAUUUAUUGGGACAUUUGGUCAAGUAGAUCCAUGGGAGGUUUUAACCCCUGCAUCCUGGAAACACCCUAUGGUGCCAUAUGAGAUCCUUAUUGAUCCAGAAAGCAUGCCUACUCAUCGUAUUCUAGAAGAAGAUGUACAUAGUCCAGAAGCCAUAUCAUGUGGGGGAAAAGAUGGUACUUCAGAUGCUAAGAGUGAAGUAAACUACGCUGCAAUUUACUUACCAAUCACUGUUACAGAAGAGGAUAUCAAAGAAGAAAUAAAAAAAUGGGAUGUUUCACAUAUCAUGGGGAAAAGGUUGCGUCACGAGAAAAAUAAGAAUUCAAAUAACCCCAUGGAUCAUGGUGGACAAAAUGCCUUCCAUAGUCUCAAGUACUUUGACCUUGAAAGCAGCUCUCUCAAGUUUGAAAAGCCAGACAUGUCCGCUGCAGGCACCGACCCGUUCCACAGCUACGUCCACUCAUGAAUAAUGCACCCGUUUACGAAAAUACUGCUUGUGGAAGACAUUUGACCUUCAGAAAAUAGCAUUAUUUCCAACAUUUUAAGUUAUAAAUAUUUCAAACCCGGUUUCAGUAGUGCUAAACUCUGAAAAUCAUGUAAAAAGGACAAGAGAACGCAGAAUUUUAAAAGUGCUGCUUUUUUAUCGUUUAUUUAGCGUUUAUUGUUUAUUCUCACAAUGACUUGAGGUUUCCUGUAUUAUUUAUUAAAAUUGUCUCAUGCACAUAAAA